GAUUACUUUGAGUGAGAUGAACCUCGAAAAAGUCAUAUUAGAGACAAUUUUUUCCUCUAAGGCUUUCAAAACUUUUCGUCUUUCCCGUGAGAUUCAUCGAUUCCAAUUCCAAUCGUCCAAUACUCCUCGUCGUCCAUUCUCUUCUGUGAGUUCAACGGCAAGUAGAGUCACUCCGGAACGAACACAAUUACCAGCCCACACCUCUUACAAAUCAACUAAUCGAUAAGGCUGUACGAAGUAGUCAAUUGAUCAACAAUGUCCACAGGAAAUCAAAUGCCUACUUUCCACUCUUUCACAAUUACUCAACCCUUCUUGGGUGCACCUCUUCAAUUCCAGCCUGCUCUUGGAUCAAAAGAGCUUGAGGAAUUGAUCGAUGCCUACGUUGUUGGAGAUGCUUGUAAACAAGAUAAGCUUUCCACCGUGACAAUCGAUUUCUACAACCAUGCAACCGUCGAUAUCAACACCGGUUCUCUAGUUCGUCGAUACGAUGUUAUGCCAUGGACUUUUGGGCAAAGUCCUUCCCAGUCACAAUCUUCAGGAUUGAGCCCUCCAAUGUUCACUCCUAGCCCUGCCUCCUCAGCUACCUUUGCCGACUCUGCUUAUAGCUCAAUAAGCACCCCGCCAAAUCGCACUAGGGGGUCACGAGUUGCAAAAAAGACGAAGAAGGAUACCACCAAGAAGUCUGCAGAAGUCAGACUACCUGGCUUUUCAAUCAUGACUAAGGAUGGUAUCGAUGUUACAAAUUCCGCUGGCCGUGGAACUAAAACAAAAGAACAGAGAGAGCAUGCACAUCUGAUGAGAAUCAUCAAAGCUUGCGAUGGGUGCAAGCGAAAGAAGAUCAGAUGUGACCCAUCUCAUAGGCGUGCUUCUCACACAAACACACCCAGAGCGUCUACGUCAAGCGGGCCUUCUCCUCCACAGUCAAACCAAAGUCCUGCUGCAUCAACACCUUCAUUAUCUAGAGAAACAACACACGGCUCUGAACAAAGCAGUCCUCCUGUUGAUUCAUUCUCAAUUGAAGAUUUUGUGCUUUUUCCAGAGGACGACCUCAACCAAUGGAACCCGGAAAUGUCUAUCCCAGGUUUCGAUACCCAACACCACGACUUUAGCAUGACUAAUUACGAAAAUUUCUAUGAUUUCGAUACUACCUUCUCCACACUGAAUGAUAAUAUGUUAUUCGACUUCCCAACAUACGAUCAAUCCUCAUCUUUUAGUCCUCAGCAAUUGAAUAACACUAGCCAAAUACUAAGUUAUCACAACACACAACCAUGCGGCUCUGCAGAUGUCAACUCGCAAUACAUCUCUCCAACUCAACCACAACCCGGUCUAGAUUUCUUCGAAUCGUUUAGCGAUAUACCGAACUUUUCGCCAACUCAUACUCAACAAGCUCAUCCACAGGGCUUACCAAAUGAAGAUCCUGGGAAGAUUGAUAGUUAUUAUGUACAUGCGCCAAUUGCGAGAUCUCAAGCUCACAACAUCUCAUCGGUAUUACCAACCGCAAAUACCCAGACCAGUGGUGCAAAUACCCUAAAUGACUUCUCUACGACAUUCGGCUUCUCCCCAACUGAUAGUUCUUACCAAUCACAAGGCUCAGAAAACGGCUUCGUAAGCACCGGUCCAGAUGAUGCAUAUGAUUGCGCUACUGGCUCGGGUGUCGAUUCGGGCAUUGAACAAUCACCACGAUCCGAAUCAAGUGAUAGCGGCCAUGAGACGGUAUUCAGUACCAAGAAGGCCCGCUGUCGCAGCCAAUGCAACAGACACUCAGUACUUUUGGAACGUGAACGCCAGCGCAUUGACGAUCAUGGCCGCCAGCUUAUGAGCGCUCUCCUAUCCAACAACGGCAAGUCACAUGUUCCGGGUGGUACCACUGAACAACCAGUUUCAAGCCCGGGUGUUUCGCAUGGCGGCGACGGCUUUGUAAUUGCUACGAACCCCCCCAGGAGCUUUGUUUCUAGUAGUAUGCCCAUUCACGAAGAAACCCCAUGGAGCUUUGAAUCAACGCUCUCUUCAUUGGCUAGAUCUAGACCGGAAGUAUCACAAAAUGCGAUGGAAAGCGACCACGCAGAAGCCGUAUUUGUUGCUGCGAAACCACACGAAAACCCUGACGGCUUUGCAAGAUCAGAGAACUCGACGAUCAUUGAUGCCUCUCUAAGUAGUACUGUACGACUUGCUGGCGAUAGUAUCUCGUCUCGCCUUGCAAACUUUGCCACGAACAGCUCGGACAAAAAGACAUCCAGUGCCAGCAUCGACCGUGUAUCUGCACAUCUAGCUGCAAGAUCGACAAUGUCAAGUCUAAGAUCCCAGGUUUUAGUAGAAAGCAUGCCAACGGUAAUAUCUACUGUAGUUUCUGGAACUCUACUUGUACCGGACCAAGUCGGCGUUGUUUCUUCUCCUAGCAUCUUACUUGCGAAACAGCUUUCAAAGACUUUGUCUACUUCUUCUAGCAACGUCAACAAUGGCUCCUUGGAUUACAAUGGCGUUGAAACAAUUGUUCAAAUGGCCCAGAAUGCUUCGGCUGCACAGCUAUCAAGCCCAAGGUUGAGCCUCCACGCUUCCGGAUACAACUCCACGCUUUUCAAGAAUGGCACAGAAACUGUAACUACACCGGUAACAACCACCCUCGGCAAUGUCUCAACGCUCGUAGCACUAGCAGCACUUGGCCUUGCUACUACCGUCGCAGUAUCCAAAUAUGCUGAAACAGCCACGAUGGUACUGGUAAUUUGUCUACUUGCAUCUGUAUUCUGUAAUCCCCGAUCGGUUAUUCCUGAGUCUAAAAAGUGCGUCACGAGCACCUCCCUCGUUGCAUUGAUGUGGAACUUUUGGUCCGAUAUGAUACUCAAGAUCGAUUGCGGAAAUCAACGUGUAUUGAAAAGAAAAAACAAUGGAUUAUUUGGUGCGGCUGGAGAGAUGAUGAAGAAGUUUUCCUCGAGAAUCUCAAUCUAGAUGUUGGCAUUCAUGCUGGGGAUUAGGUUUCCGAGACACAUAUGAUUAGAGGUUUGAGGAGACGACACUUCACCUUUUUUAUGGAUUAAUUGCUAUUUGGUGAAUGGUAUAUCGGUUGCGACAUGAUGCCUUCUGUCUGGAAUCGCACGUUCUUUAAGACGAGCAAGACAGGGAAACAUCGGUGUGUAGAACUUGGUUAGACGAGGUUGAAAAGCACAUUGGAGUAUGGUUUAUUUUCAUGGCGCAUGAAUACAGCAUGGCAUAUGUUUUUUUUAUUUAAUGAAACUACGUAUGUAUACGUGGGUAUAUCCUAGAUGGCGAUAUAGAAAUAAUAAUUCUUCUGCCACUUUUUACUUUUUUCUGAUCAUUGAUUUGUGUUUUCUGACUUGGAAACUUUGUUCGGAUGUUGAUGUGAUGGCUUCUGUAUCUGUUCGUCUCCCCAUCCAUUCGUCCAUCUUACUCAUAUCCCAAUCAUCUUAUUCUUGCUUUACUGAAACCCCGAGUCGACUAUUCCGUAUCAUCUAUCUACUUCUCGUCUGUUCCAUCUCAUCUCAGCCUAGCUUAUCAACUCCAUCUCAUCCAUCCAGUUCUACUUAACAUUCAUCAGACUAGAAAUCAAAAUAUAAAAGAAUACA